AUGCCGGUGUUAAACUGCUCCCUCGCUGCUCUUUUCACAUCUGCUGCCACUGUUUUCAGUGACGUGGGUUGCCCCGAGGCUGCUGUGCUGUGUGGGAUGAAUAUCUCCUGGGUGUUGGCUAAUGCCACCGCACAAGAUCUGGGUGACAUGUGCUUGAGCGAGGAGGAGUAUCUGGCCAAGCAGCUGGGGCCCUCAAGGUCCCCCAUCUUCCUUCCCGUCUGCGUCACCUACCUCACCAUCUUCUUGGUGGGUGUGCUGGGCAAUUCUCUGACCUGCACUGUCAUUUUGCGCCACAGGGUGAUGCAGACGCCCACUAACUACUACCUGCUGAGCCUGGCAGUGUCUGAUCUGCUGGUGCUGCUGCUGGGCAUGCCAUUAGAGCUGUAUGAGAUGUGGCAGAACUACCCCUUCCUGCUCGGGGAGGGGGGCUGCUACUUCAAAACCUUCCUGUUUGAGACGGUCUGCUUCGCCUCCAUCCUCAAUGUCACAGCGCUCAGCGUGGAGCGCUACGUGGCGGUGGUGCACCCUCUCAAAGUCAAACACAUGGCCACACGUGCUCACGUCAAGAGGGUCAUCGUCGUGCUGUGGGUGCUGUCCAUGCUGUGUGCUGUGCCAAACACCAGUCUGCAUGGGAUUGCGGUGCUGCCUCCAAGGUUUGGACGACAGUUUCCCCGAUCUGCUAUCUGCUAUGUGAUUAAGCCCAAAUGGAUGUACAACCUGAUCAUCCUCAUUUCCACGCUGGCCUUCUUCCUGCUCCCCAUGUUGAUAAUCAGCGUUCUCUACCUGCUCAUUGGCCUGCAUCUGCACAAGCAGAGGAUAACUGUGGUGGACACCAGGGGUAGCUUUGGACCAGAAAGUCUCUCCAGGUCUCACGAGCAGAAGCUGAGCAAACGCAACCUGCAAGUCACCAAGAUGCUGUGUGUGCUGGUGGUUAUGUUUGGCAUUUGCUGGGCUCCCUUCCACGUGGACCGCUUGAUGUGGAGCUACAUCGACCAGACGUCCGAGGAGCACCUCCAGGUUUUUGAGCACGUCCACAUCGUCUCCGGAGUUUUUUUCUACCUGAGCUCUGCUGUCAACCCCAUCCUCUACAACCUCAUGUCCACGAGGUUCAGAGAAAUGUUCAGUCACUUUACCUGUUAUUCUCACAGCUGGUCAUUACACUCCAGCAUACAGAUGACCCAACGCAGCACCUUGAGCGAGAAAACGCUAAACAGCAUGAAAUGUUCUUAG